CCGCCUCUAUGUAGGGGACCCACAUGGCACGGUUGCCGCCGCUGGAUUCCAGUGCUUUCAUUUGUAGUUAGCGCGUAGCUUUGGAGAUCGAAGAACAAAUGGGAGCGACGUGAUCUCGAGAACGGCAAGAACACGCAAUGGCGAUAGAAAUGGCAAGUAGUAGCAGGAGUGGUAGCAGCACUAGGGCGAGAAUGCGGGCAUUGUGGGUAGCAGUAGGGCUUGUGGAGCUCUGGCUAUGGCUGACGAGCACAGCCCACGCCCAAUUCGUCCCCAAGGACAACAUCCUUCUCGCGUGUGGCGCUGCGGGCAGCACCAACGUGAGCGGCAGGACAUUCGUGGCGGAUUCCAGCUUCGCCCAGGGCGGAGCUCCUCGAUCCGGCUCCAUCCCCACCAGCAGCGCCGCCAAUCUCUCCUCCGCCGACGAGCAGCGCCUCUACAGCACCGCCCGCGUCUUUACCGCCAAGGGCUCCUUCUCCAUCGGCGAUCUCACCCCGGGACGCCACUGGAUUCGCCUCCACUUCCUCCCCUUCUCGCCAGAUCUCGCCGCCGCCCUCUUCUCCGUCAGCGCGGACGAGUACCUCCUCCUCUCCAGCCAGAGCGUGGCGGGCGAGAUCCAAGCCCAGGCGCGAUCCAUCUCCUCCCCGGCGCUCCUCAAGGAGUACUCGAUCAACAUCACCACCGCGCAGCUCACGAUCUCGCUCGUCCCGUCGCCGGGCUCCCUGGCCUUCGUCAACGCGAUCGAGAUCGUGUCCAUCCCCGACGCCGCGAUCCAGGACGAUGGGCAGCUCGUCGGGCAGGGCACCCAGGCCUUCCUGGGGAUGGCUCGAGCAGCGCUCCAGACCAUGUAUCGCCUCAACGUCGGCGGCGAGAGCAUCGAUCCAUCGCUCGACUCGGGCCUCUCCCGGCGCUGGAUCCGCGACAAUCCCUUCCUGGUGGGCGCGCGCGAGGGGAUCCCAGCGCCCAAGAUCGAGGACAUCACGUACCCUCCACUCCUGCCAGGAUUCAUCGCGCCCAAGUCGGUCUAUGGCACUGCGCGAACGAUGGGCGUGAGCGAUCUCAUCAACACCCAGUUCAACCUCACCUGGACCUUCGCGGUGGACAGCGGCUACUCCUACUUUGUACGUAUGCACUUCUGCGAGACGGUGUACAGUACGCCGUAUGCCCGGAUCUUCGACGUGUUUAUCAACCGGCUGCCCGCGGUCAAAGGCCUGGACGUGGUGGUCAAGGCUAAUGGCGCACAGACCGCCAUGUUCAUGGACUUCGUGGUUCCCAUGAACGAUGGUGGAAGUUCUAUGGUGGUGGAGCUCGGCCCCUCCCCGGGGAAUGGAGCGCAGCACAACGAUUCCAUCCUCAGCGGGAUCGAGAUCUUCAAGGUGAACAACACUCGCGGGAGCUUGGCCGGGAGUUUGAUCCCGCCGGGUGUGGAUCUCUCCAAGGAUGAUGGCUCUUCCGGGGGUUCCACUGGUAUUGGCGCCGCUGGGAUUGGCGGCGCCGUCGCUGGUGGGCUGCUGGUGAUCGGGCUGCUUGGUGCCGGGCUGUGCUUCGUCCGGCGGCGGCGCCACCCCGGACUGGCCAAAGGCAAGAGCAAGAAGAAGAAGAGCGCGUCGUGGCUGCCGCUCCACGCCGCCGGGAAUGGAAACUCCACCAGCAUCGCGAGCAAGUUCUCUACCGGCGGCGCGUCCAACAAGAGCGGCGCCACCGUCGCGUCCACCGCCACCUCGAGCCUCGGCGGUCGCUUCUUCACCUUCGCCGAGAUCUUGGAGGCGACGAACAACUUCGAUGAGACGCUGCUGCUGGGCGUGGGAGGAUUCGGCAAGGUGUACCGCGGGGAGCUCUUCGACGGCACCAAAGUCGCGGUGAAGCGCGGCAACCCGAGGUCCGAGCAGGGACUGACCGAGUUCCAGACCGAGAUCGAGAUGCUGUCCAAGCUCCGGCACCUCCACCUUGUCUCUCUCAUCGGCUACUGCGAGGAACACUGCGAGAUGAUCCUCGUCUACGAGUGCAUGGCCAAUGGAACUCUCCGCGCACACCUCUACGGCUCGGACCUCCCGCCGCUCUCGUGGAAGCAAAGGCUGGAGAUUUGCAUCGGCGCUGCUCGAGGGCUCCACUAUCUCCACACGGGAGCGGAGCAGGGGACCAUCAUCCAUCGCGACGUGAAGACCACCAACAUUCUCCUGGACGAGAACUUCGUGGCCAAGGUCUCGGACUUUGGGCUGUCCAAGACGGGACCAUCGCUGGAUAGAACUCACGUAAGCACCGCCGUCAAGGGAAGCUUUGGAUACUUGGAUCCCGAGUACUUCCGGCGGCAGCAGCUAACCGAGAAGUCGGACGUGUACUCGUUCGGGGUGGUGCUGUUUGAGGUGCUGUGCGCGAGGCCGGCGAUCAACCCGGCUCUCCCUCGCGAGCAAGUUAACAUCGCCGAGUGGGCGAUGCAGUACCAGCGGAUGGGAGCGCUGGAGCAGAUCGUGGACGCCAACCUCAAGGGGCAGUGCUCGCAGGAAUCGCUCCAGAAGUUCGGGGAGACGGCGGAGAAGUGCCUGGCGGAGCAAGGCAUCGACAGGCCGGCCAUGGGAGACGUCUUGUGGAACCUCGAGUAUGCGCUCCAGCUCCAGGAGGCGUCGAGCGGGGAUAGCAGCGGGAUGAUACUGGAUCACUCGGCCACGCGGGCUGGAGACCAAAUGGAAGUUCCACUCCGGUCUUCUGCGGAUCACCAGGCCGACUACCACCGCCGGUUGGGAAGCGAGGACGAUUUCGAGGAUGCCAGUGCCAGCGCGGUCUUCUCGCAGCUGGUGAAUCCUCAAGGGAGGUAAAAGCUUGGAUCUUCGCGUAGCUUGACUUUUA